AUGGCUCGUGGCCCCGUACCAAAGGCGGAACCCUCAGAUUUCGAGAAACAGCGACUAGCCAACAUCGCCGAACGAGAUGCCCUACUCAAAAAGUUGACCCAAGAGGCCGCAUCCGCUGGCCUGUAUUCAGCCAGCCCCAAAGGAAAUGCCCCCAAUGGCACAAAACGAUCUGCAAAACCCAAGCAGCCUCCUGCGAAACGAGUCAAGAAAGAAGUCGACAAUACCCCGCGUCGCACAUCAUCCAGGAUUGCAGGCAUUCAAGCCGACAGUGAGGUGGCACAGGAAAAGGCCGAGAAAGAAUAUCAGGCGGCUAGAGAAUUGGAUCGACAGAAACGCCAAAGGCAGACGGGUGACCUGAGUUUCAAUGAUGGUUCUAGCUUGAUCGGCACCGAUGUUAUCCUUAAGGGCGUGGCAACGCCGUACCAGCGGACCUUCGAUGAAGACGACGUCAAGGCUACCACUGACAAGGACCUCAAGAAACUGCGAGAACGCAUGAGCUCGCUAGAACUAUGGGAUGCUUGGGACCCAAGUCGCAUUAAGAUUACCCCGGAGCGCAUCUACACUAUGGCAUUCCACCCCACCACCACCAAACCCAUUGUAUUCGCCGCCGACAAACUGGGAAAUCUAGGCAUCGUCGACGCGUCUCAAACCUCUCCUCCAUCAUUGAAGGCCGAGAAUGACGAGGAUGAUCCCGAAGAAGAUGAGGCCGACCCCGAGGUCACACACAUAAAACCCCACACGCGCACAAUUUCUUCAAUACAUACGCACGCCAACAAGCCUGAGACCGUUUACACAGCGGCUUACGACUCAUCCAUCCGAGCUACAGAUCUACAGAAAGGUGUCGCUGUGGAAGUGUACGGACCUGAAGACAAGGAAGAAGACGAGCCGAUUUCAGGACUAGAUAUGUCCGCAUCAGAUCCGAAUGUCGUGUAUUUCACCACUCUCAAUGGCAGCUUUGGACGAUAUGACCUGCGACAAUCCCCCAGCACCGUGGAAUUAUAUCAACUUUCGGAGAAGAAAAUCGGCGGGUUCUCGCUAAAUCCCGUCGCGCCGCACUACGUUGCAACAGCGUCACUAGAUCGUUUCAUGCGAUUGUGGGAUUUACGGAAAAUCACUAAGAAAUUGCCCGCGCUUGUUGGUGAGCAUGAAUCACGACUGAGUGUCAGCCAUGCGGCUUUCAACACCGCUGGUCAAGUUGCCACCACUAGUUACGACGAUACGAUUAAAAUCCAUUCAUUUGGCGUGGGGACUAGGUCUGGUGCAGAUGCACUUGAAAACAUGCAUACGUGGAAGGCUGGAACGACCCUGGAUUCGGACGUCAUGAAGCCGGAGGUUGUUGUUAGGCAUAACAACCAGACAGGACGAUGGGUCACCAUUCUUCGACCCAUAUGGCAACGCUACCCAGAAGACAAUAUCCAGAAGCUCGUCGUGGGUAACAUGAACCGCUUCGUCGACAUUUUCUCCGCAGAUGGAACUCAACUGGCCCAGCUCGGUGGUGAGGGAAUUACAGCCGUACCGGCCGUGGCUGUUUUCCAUCCCAAUAAAGAUUGGGUCGCUGCGGGCACUGCCUCGGGCAAAUUAUGUCUAUGGAUGUGAAACCUUUGAUCAAGUCACUACUGAGUCCACAGUUUUGCGAGCAACAAAUCUGUUGCUGACCAACAUCACAACAAACAAUCCGAG